GCAUAUGAUAGCCACACAAAGGGUCCUACAGAUGACAGAAGGAGAUGAUCAUAUGUACCGGUUGUUGUUGUUGCUAAUAUCGAUGUUAUGAGCGCUUUCUGUUAGUUUGAUAUUUAUUAAUACAUUUUGUUGUUGUUCCGGAAGAGUUUAAGUCUUGCUCUGAUGGUGUCUAGUAGGGAAAUAUUCUGUUCCGGUGAGGCGUUGAUGUAAACUGGAAUUAGCGACCUAGCAGAGAUUAAAGUAGAGAAAAUGAUUUCUCAGGUGUUUAUUCUGUCAUCAAAAGGCGAGAAUCUGAUCUACAAAGACUUCCGUGGCGAAGUGGAAAAAAACUCCAUGGGCACGUUUUAUGAGAUGGUGUCAUCUCUGAGUGGAGAUCAGCCUCCUGUAGUCAUGAGUCACAAAGGUGUGAACUUUAUUCACAUCCGACAUGCUGGGCUGUACUGGGUUGUUUCUACGAAGACAGAUCCUUCUCCGUUUACCGUUGUCGAGUUUCUUAACAGGCUUGUGGCUCUGAUUAAGGAUUACUGCGGCAGCGUGUGUGAGAAAACUGUCCGAAUGAACUUCGCUCUGAUCUACGAGCUACUGGACGAGAUGGUGGAUUACGGCUACAUCCAGACAACCUCCAUGGACAUCCUGAAGAAUUUUAUUCAGACAGAACCAGUCACCUCCAAACCCUUCAGUCUGUUUGACCUCAGCAACGUCGCUCUUUUUGGAGCAGAGACCCAGCAGAGUAAAGUGGCUCCCAGCACUGCUGCUGCCCGACCCAUCAUGACAUCUCACAGUGGAGAGGGAGGUAAGAAUGAGAUCUUUGUGGACGUGGUGGAGAGACUCUCAGUUGUUAUUGGCUCUAAUGGGGUUGUGAUGAAGGCAGAUGUGGAGGGAGAGAUCAGAGUGAAGUGUUAUCUUCCCUCAUGUUCAGAGAUGAGGAUCGGCCUGAACGAGGAGUUCAGCAUCGGGAAGUGUCGGCUCAGAGGUUACGGGGCAGCUGUGCGGGUGGACGAGUGCAGUUUUCAUCAGGCUGUGAAACUCGAUGAGUUUGAUAACUACAGGAUUUUGAAAAUUUGCCCCAGCCAAGGAGAGCAAACCCUGAUGCAGUACCAGCUGAGUGAUGAGUUGCCGUGUCCUCCUCCAUUCCGUCUCUUCCCCACAGUGGAGAAGGAUUAUGGGAACAGGUUGUUGAUUUUUCUCAAGCUACGAUGUGAUUUGCCUCCGAAAAGCGCUGCUAUAAAUGUUUCAGUGACGGUUCCUGUGCCCAAGGGUUCUCUAAGCCUCUCUCAGGAGUUGAGUAGUCCUGACCAGACGGCCGAGCUUCGGCCCAAACACAAAUCUGUCGUUUGGGAAAUCCCACGGUUCCCUGGAGGAGCUCAGCUCUCGGCUCUCUUUAAGGUGGAAGUUCCCGGUUUUAGCUCCGCCUCUCUCCUGGAGGUGGGGCCUGUCAGCAUGAGCUUCGAGCUUCCCAAACUCACAUGUACAGGACUGCAGAUCCGAUUUGUGCGUCUGUCCCCGAACCAGCAGAGUCCCUCUCAUCGCUGGGUCCGCUACGUCACACAUUCCGAGUCCUACACCAUACGCAUCUGAUAAACACACACACACACACUUUUUCAGUAUUUCAACAUUUUCUUCCAAAAGAAAAUGUUUCACAAACUUUAAUUACCUUGAAUCUCUCAUUACAAUUACUCUAAAGGCAUCUGUUUGUGAUGCCGAGUAUGUGUACAUAUUGAUUUUUUUGUUAAUAUUUUUAUUAGCAUUAUUAUUUUGUAUUGCUGUUUUUGAUUUUCUUCAUAAACUGUCAUGAUUUGUAAA